AUGGCAUUGGCAUCGCAUUUGCUUAAAAAAGCAGUAUUUUCUAACCCGUUAUCUCUUAACAAGUCCUUAGGCAUACUGUACAAUGCUACCCGAAAUCACUGGAACUAUCAAUACCAACCCGGCCAAUAUCCUAGGACUCCUGAACAGCGUGAGGCCGCUGCCAAGCGCUAUGGGAUGACCGUUGAAGAAUAUCAACCAUAUCCUGAGCAUAUGGGUUAUGGAGACUAUCCAAGAUUACCUGACGUUGGCGAGGAUUCCAGAGACCCUCACUAUCCUUAUGAUUGCCCCGAAUUGAAAAGGAACUUUAACGAACCGAUGCAUGCAAGAAUGGAAAUAUUUGGAGGUGACCGUUAUGAUCCAGCUAUGAAGAGGAGAUUUUCAUUGCUUCACCAAUGGACCUGGUUUUUGGGUACAAUAGGUGGAUCUUUUGCAUUGUACCUCUAUUUGGAGGACUUUAAAUUUGGAAGGCCUGUUACUGCUAAACAAUUGCCAUCAAACGGACCUCAUUACUUGUUUAGUGCAAAUUAA